ACACACCCCCAGUCAGCCCCACGCGCGCACGCUCAAUGGCGUGGGACUAAAGCGCGGCUCAGCGCUACGGGUCAAUCCCGUCACACGUCCAGUGUUCUCGCUUUCUCUGGAAACCGAAGCCCCCUCCACUCGGCCAUUUCUACGGUCCAGCUUCUUAGCGGUUCUCUCUACAGUUUGGCCGGCAGUCGGCACCGUCGUCGGCCGGCGCGCCUCCGGCGGGGUUUUGACCCCCCCGUCUCCGUCUGGGUUGCGGUUGCCAGGCAGUUACUUACCUUACCGCCCGAGCGACCACGGCACUCGGCAGCCUUCCGCUACCGCACCAACCCCACCGCCACCGCCACCGCAGCAACCCAACAAACCGCGGAGAGCGCGAGGGGCGGUUGCUCUGCUGCUGCUGCUGCUCCCUCCCAGCGCUGUACCGGCGCCGCGCUGCUGCCGCUGAUCCCAACCGCCGCCGCCUCCUUCUAGCGCUUCGCGUCGUGUCGUGUAGCAGUGAGGAGAGUGCUCCCCCCCUGAUUUUCCCUUCCGGGGUUCGUUAUUUCGUGACUUGCGGCGGCCCCAAAUCCUAUCUACCGCCGGAGAGGCGCCUGAUCGAUCGUAUUCGCAUCGGCCGGUCGGUCGGCGCCGAUGGAGGCGCUCAAGAAGCAGGCCAGCAAGCUCCGGGAGCACGUCGCCAAGCAGCAGCAGGCGGUUCGCAAGACAUUCAGCGCGCGCCAUAAUCAAGACACCUCGCUUGUCGAUGAAGCCGAACUUGAGUGCCACCAGAAUCUGCAGAAGCUUUAUAAUACCACAAGAGCAGCUAAACAUUUCCAACGAACCAUUGUGCGAGGCCUGGAGGGUUUUGUUGCGGUUAGCACCAAACAGAUGGAGAUAGUGAAAAGGCUAGCUGAGGAUUGUUGCAAAUAUGGAAACAGCAAUCAAAAUCUUGGCUUUGUUCUUGAAAGGGCUUCAGCUGAAUUUGGUAAAUCCCACAACCAAAUGGAGAUAGAGCGGGAGAAACUUCUUAGAGUUCUUGGAGAGCAGGUUUUUGAGCCUCUUCGGGAAAUGAUAAUGAGUGCUCCUCUUGAAGAUGCUCGCUUGUUAACUUACCGUUAUCAAAGGAUCAGACAAGAUAUGGAGUCUCAGAUAGCUGAUGUGGUUAGAAGGCAACUGAAGUCCAAGGAGAGUAGUGGUAAUACAGAUUCGGUGAAACUGCAACAUGCAGAAUCGAAAUUAUCAGAGCUCCGAACUACACUGGCAGCACUAGGAAAAGAAGCAACUGCAGCUAUGGAGGCUGUAGAGGCUCAGCAGCAACAGAUUACCUUUGACCGUCUUCUUGCAAUGGUUGAUGCCGAGAGAACGUACCAUCAGAACGUUGCUGAUAUUCUGGACAAACUCCAUGAUGAGAUGCUCAAUGCAAAACAUCAUGAAGAAUCAGACAAGAACGAUGAUGAGCCAUCGUCAGAUCCAUCAUCAGAGCCUAAAGUAUCACCUAAGGUAUCACCGACACAUGUGCACUCAAAUAGCAUAUCAGAAGAUCCAGCGUUAACUGAAACUAGCGAACCUACAAGGAAUGGCCAGGAAGUGCAUUAUGUUGGAGAGGUAAUCCAUCCGUUUGAUGGUCAGGCUGAUGGUGAGCUCAGUAUCUCCGUGGGUGAUUUCGUUGUGGUCCGCCAGGUGUCCCCAAACGGGUGGUCGGAGGGGGAGUGCAAGGGAAAGGCUGGCUGGUUCCCAUCUGCGUACGUAGAGCAGAGGGACAAGGCCCCGGCAAGCAAGGUGAUAGAGCCUGGACGUCUGACUGCGUGAUCGCCCUCUUUCUUCUUGUACCAAACGGCUGCUGUUCAUCGUCCUGCUUUCUCCCCUUCCCUGUACAUGAUAUGAGGUACCACUUGUUCAGGACUGCCUAGCAUUUUGUAGAACUUUUCCAUACCUUUCUGUGCAGAUUCUUGUGCUUAUGUAAAAGAUAUACGGGGUAGUAGUGUUUUGCCUGUUAGGAUCUCUCUUCUGUUCUUCUUCUUUCUUGGAUUCGACGACAAUGUAUAGAGCUGUUUAUUUGGUCAUGGGAUGCUGUAUGUAUCCCUCCCCCCUGCUGAAUUAGCGUUAUCGGUUUCAGAACAGUGAUGGAUGUUGUCACCA